UAGAAAAUUGACUCCUCGCACUUUCCGUAGUGGGUUAUUUUCCCAACAUGGCUGCCAUCAGGAGCGGGGUGACUCCGGGUUGCCUAGCAAGAUGCUUCCUGAGACAGACUGGAAAACCGAGCCGGGGCAGCCACCCCCUUUCAGACAUUUGGAACCACCGGUUGCUCCAGAAGUCUCAUCUUCACACGGUGUUUGAGUGUCGCAGUCCAGCCGCCAAGACUCUGCUGGGCCGCAGACAGCAUGGGAAGUUCCUCUGGGUGAACACUGUGGCAGUCAGACACAACAGCUCACAGAUACCACCUGAGGAUGGAAUCCUGGCAGCUCCGGUGUUGGAAGCUUCUGACGGCCUUCCAGUCUCUCUGCCCGCUGACCCUACUCCCAUCAUCGCACAACCAAUCACUGAAGAGAUCCCAGUUGAAACGGUUUCCAUGGCAGUACCAGUAGGGGACAUCUCUCCUCAUCCUCCUGUCUUGGGUUCCUCCCCUGAGUUUGUGUCCGCUGACAUUACCCCUAUUUUAACGCAGCCAGUCAUUGAGCAGGUGGCUGAUGCUGCACCGACUGCAGUGGAGGUCCUGCAGGCUGUGACUACAGAAACCAGUUUAGCAGAACUGGGAUUGGCCGGCAAAACGCCAGUGGGCCUGAUCCAGAACUUGUUAGAGUUCAUGCACGUGGAUCUUGGUUUGCCCUGGUGGGGGGCCAUUGUUGUAGGAACGGUGUUGGCUCGUUUGGCUGUGUUUCCAGUCAUAGUGAAGGGCCAGAGGGAGGCAGCCAAGCUGAACAAUGUUCUGCCUGAGAUGACCAAACUUACUGCCAGGAUGACUGAGGCCAAACAGAGCGGAAACAAAUUUGAUUUUGCCAAAGCCUACUCUGACCUGAACUUGUUCCAGAAGAAGCAUGAUGUAAAUCCUCUCCGUGGCUUCCUAGUUCCUAUGGUGCAGGCACCAGUCUUCAUCUCUUUCUUCAUUGCACUGAGGAAGAUGGCCUAUCUGCCGGUGCCCAGCUUGCAGACAGGGGGCCUGCUAUGGUUUCCAGACCUGACAGCAGCAGAUCCUUUUUAUAUCCUGCCUUUGGCUGUCACUGGAACCAUGUUCUUCAUCCUUGAGUUGGGUGCAGAGUCUGGUAUCGACAACCCCAAUCUGCGAGCCAUGAAGACUGUGUUCAGGAUCAUGCCCUUUGUCAUCCUCCCCCUCACUAUCAACUUCCCCACGGCGGUGUUUACCUACUGGCUGACCUCCAACUGCUUCUCCUUGGGUCAAGUCGCCCUGCUCAGACACCCCUUUGUCAGAGAUAGGUUGAGGAUCCCGGAGAGGAUCAAACACCCAGCCUCCGCCCUGCCCCAAAAUGAUGGCUUCAUUGAAAGCAUGAAGAAGGGCUGGAAAAAUGCUCAGCUGGCCCAGCAGCUGGAAGAGAGGGAAAGGAGAAUCAAAAAUCAUCUGGACCUAGCUGCUAAAGGUCCACUGAGGCAGACUUUUACCCACAAUCCCCUCCAGCAGAACCCACCUAUGGCUGCAGCAUCAGCUAAAGCCAAGCCAGCUAGUGGCAAGGUGAGGCCAUGGAAGGACACUAUUGGAUAAUCAGACUGGUUGAUAGCUUGACAGUAUAAUGAUUUAUGUACAUAUUUAUGGAUGGAGAAGACAAGGGUUGCCAUUAUGUAUUAUUCUAAUUAAAAUUUAAAAUCUGCCUCAAAACAA